AUGGUUGUUUGUUUAACUGAUGAUUACGCUAAAUAUCGAUCAGAAUUAAUUCUUGCUUACAAAAAUCAAGCAAUAAUUAUACCAAUUGUAAUUGAAAAAAGAUAUUGUCCAAAUGAACCUUUUUUGAAGUUUAUUCUUGAAAAAUAUUCAUCAUCAGUAAUUCGUAAAAAUAUUAAUGUAUUGAACAAAUCAUUAGCAAAUGAAGUUAGGAAUAUUCUGUCUAUGCAAGCGCAGGCCUCAUUUAAUUCUUUCGAGGCAAGCGGCAGCUCGGAUGAUGAAUUUUCACCACCAACUGUAAGUAAUAUUUUACAUGCAACAAAACAUGAACACGCUUCUUGCUAUGGGAUUUCCACAUAUACUUAUACUGCUGAAGAUUUGUAUAAAUCAUGUAAAGAAAAUGACAUUAAUAAAGUGACAGAAUACCUUCAAAACAUCAACAUUAAGAUUUUAAAUGAACGUAUAAGGAAUGGAAGUACCGCUUUGCAUAUAGCAUCUUACAAUGGUCAUAAUGAAAUUGUUCAAUUACUUCUUAAAGCAGGUGCAUCACGAACUAUACGUAAUUGGACAUAUGGUUUAACAGCCUAUGAAGAAGCUCGAACACAAAGUACAAAGGAUUUAUUUCGGAUAAAUUUAGAUGACAAUGAACGGGAUCAUUUUUCCAGUAAUGAUGUUUAUAUUGAAUGGAUGACUACUUCUCUCAGUCCUCAUAAAAAACGAAAUUAUCUUCGAAAAAAGUUGAACCGAUUACAAACAAAUAGAGAUUAUUAUGAGAUUAGCAAGUUUUAUGAAGAAUUGGUAAAGCAUAUGUAUGCUUAUAUUGAUACGUUAACCCUUUCAAAUCAUAUAAAACAAAUUCUAAAACAAUAUUUCACAGAAAUGAAAGAAACAUACAAUCCAGUUUAUAUUAUUAAAGUUUAUACAAGUACGACUGGUUUUCAUAAAUACUAUAAUGAAUAUAUCGCUCAAUAUGGUAUUGAUUUCUUUGAUCCAUUCAGUGUAGAUAUUCAUGUAGAUUAUGCUAUAAUUAAAUCUCUUAUGAAAACUAUUGCUAUAAUUAUGUAUGAUAAAAGUUUUUCUAAAUAUCGAUAUUGUGGAAAAACAUAUCGUGGAAUGUUACUAACGGAAGAAAAUUUAGAUAAAUAUAUCGUUCAUUCAAAAAUAAUGAAUAAAUCAUUUUUAUCAACAUCAAAAUCGAAAGAAAUUGCUGAAGCAUUUAGUGGUUGUGAACAAGAAAUUUUUUUAAGAAAAACACCUGAUAAACAAGCAAUUCAUAGAUCUGUAUUUUGUACUUAUAUUAUCAAAAAUCUUGAAACGGCUUUAAAUAUUGAAACAAUAUCAGAACGAAUAUCCGAUGAAGAAGAAGUUUUAAUAUUACCAUUUUCAAUAUUCGAAGUUAAAAGUGUUCAAAGAUCAUUAACAAAUAUAGUUCAAAUUGAAUUAGAAGAAGCUUCUGACGAAUUACUUGACGAUUAUUUUUAA